AGGUGACUGCUGCAGGAGCUCGCGUUGAGGGCGUAUACGUGCACAUAAGACCACGCCGGUCCCUACACGCCCUCCACCUGGCCCCUCAGGUUGAAUCUCCCCUUCAUACCUCUUCAUCGUCGUCUUCCUCGUCGUCAUCAUCGUCGUCCUCUACCUCGGAGGGAUACAUAGCAUGGGAGACGGUGACGGUGAUGAACGCCGGGGCCUCCAGCUACGUGCUGACGAGGCUGGCGCCCAACACCGAGUACGAGGUGUUUCUGGUCCCCUUCGUCAGGACUGAGGAGGGCUUGCCCACAGAACUGCGCGUCAAUACUACCCUUCCUGAUGCACCUGCUGGACCUCCUCAGGAAGUCUCGGUCCACCUGGUGAACCUCACCCACGCCUCCGUCACCUGGAGGCCACCUGACGCCGACCUUCAGCAUGGCCUCAUUACUGGAUAUCAGAUUCUUGCUCUGGUCAACGGGAGUUCCAUCUUCUUAAACAGAACUGUUGACUCCUCGACUUUCACUUACCAGUUGGCACCCCUCACUCCAGGCCACAUAUAUGCCGUCAGCCUAUCAGCCCUCUCCAAGAUGGGGGAGGGGCCAUCUUCUCAGCCAAUCAGGCUCCAGACCGACCCGGCCUUACUCAACCCGCUGGCCAAUCGGCACGCAGGAUCGGAGGGCGUGGUGAGGGAGGCGUGGUUCAUCGUGCUGGUGGGAGGAGCCAUGUUCUUCUUACUGCUCGUCUUUGUGGUUCUGCUCUAUAUUAGACGCUAUCAUAACAAGGCCUCCAAACUGCCCGCCCUCAAUGGUUAG